CAGCAGCAGCAUCAGCAGCUAGCGAAGCCAUGGAUCGCAGCAGGAUGAGCACCAACGCCUUCGAGCGUGUGAGCAGGGUGGCCUCUGGGGCCAAGGACGCGGAGUCGAUCGCGGUUAGCCUGGGGGCUACCGACCUCGACAUCGAGCUGGUUGACAACGAGGUCAGGCGGGCGCUGGCGGCUAUCCACGGCACCAAGAAGGAGACCUAUGCCGGUAGGACCAACGAGACCGCGGCCGGCGUCUCCUACCUCAAGAAGCAGCUUGAGAGGCUUAUGAAGGAGAAGGCACAGUUCAAGGAGAAGAAGCUCGCCCUGCAGCAGCUGCAGCAGGAGUUGCCGAAGCGGGCGGCCAAGUACGCCGAGCGGCGAGAGGCGCCUGCGCCGGCACCGGCAGCGCCUGCUGCAGCAGCGGUGGCGGCGGCGCCCGCAGCGACCGGAGGUUUCCUGUCAAGCCUGAAGAACAUGAUCAUCUCCCCGGCACCUGCUGAGCCUUCGCCUGCUGCUACUGUCCCAACGCCGGAGGAAGACCGACAGGCGGUCGCGGACACGACCCUUGUGUGGAAGGAGACGGUGACCAGCGGCACCUACGAUGCCCCCAAGAAGACGGCGGCUCUCUACGCCGAGGAUGCCGUUCUGUGGGGAACGGUCUCGGAGGAGGUCCGCGACACGCCGGAGCAGAUCUACGCCUACUUCGACUACUUUGCCCGGCUUCCCGAGCUGAGGGUGGUGGAGUACACCCCCGUUGCCGUGCGCGUGUACGGGGAUUUCGCCGUACAAGCCGGCACCUAUACCUUCGCUUUCCAAGGCCCGGACGGAGUUACCGUCGAGAAGAGGGCACGCUUCAGCUUCACCUUCCGGAGGGGCAGGCCCGGUAGCCCGCGGCCCUGGACGAUCGUCGAGCAUCACUCCUCCUCCAUGCCCACGGCGCCUGCGGGGCUCAAGCGGGUCGGACAAGAUGCUAUGCCCAAGAAAAUCGUCAAAGAGAUCACCCCUGACCAGAAGGCGGUCGCGGAGACCACGAUUGUGUGGAAGGACACGGUGACUCUCGGAACCGAUGACGCUCCGAAGAAAACGGCGGCUCUCUACGCCCCGGACGCUGUUCUUUGGGGAACAGUCUCGGAGGAGGUCCGCGAAACGCCCGAGCAGAUCUACGACUACUUCGACUUCUUCGCGCGCCUGCCUAAGUUGAGACUGUUGGAGUACACCCCGGCACCGGUGCGCGUGUACGGCGAGUUCGCCGUCCAGGCCGGCACCUACACGUUCGCGUGGGAGGGGGACGACGGGGAUACUGUGGAGAAGAGGGCCCGCUUCAGCUUCACCUUCCGGAGGGGCAAGCCCGGCAGCCCCCGACCGUGGACGAUCGUCGAGCACCACUCCUCCUCCAUGCCCGAUGCGCCCGCGGAGCUCAAGCACGUUGAACCCGAAGACGAUGGCAUCGAUUACGUUGCGCAGGCUGUUGCCGACUUGUCGGCGACAUCGUCCGUUUCGUCGUCUACUCUUCCUCCCUCUCCCCCACCGCGGAAAGGGCAGGCGAUGGCGGCCUUUACGGAGGACGUCAAUCAUCACUCGGUUGACGUUACGGCAAAUGUGGGGAGUUGCGGGUUGGGUUUAGUCCUCGGGAAGGAGGAGCAAGGAACCCGCUGGGUCGUCAACGGAUUCCGAUCCAUGCCAGAUGGAAAGCCCAACCCUGCCGAGGCGGCCGGCAUCGAGGUUGGGGACACCCUGCAGCGGGUGGGCGGGGUGCCCCUGGGCACGUACAAAGAAGGCAUCGAGCUGUUCAAGAAACUGCGGGGCCCCGUCGUUCUCACGGUCUGCAGGCAGAACGAUGAGAUCUUGAUCUAAUCUACCGAUCUUGGGGUCUACUCAAGUUGUUAAAGAUGUGCGGAGAAUUCUGAUAUCUAACUCAAGGUCUAGAUCGUCUGCUUGGACGUUAUUGUCGUCUAGGUAUUGAUGUCGAUCUACCUCACUUAAAGAGGGGCGAAUGUUUCGUCUUUCUACCAAAAGGGUGUUUACCUAACCAUAAAAACGAGCGGUCGGACGGGCAGACGCAAGCGUUGUGAGACACGAGUCAGACCGUUGGGUCAAGAGAAACAGGUAGUUCGUUGGGUCUGUGGAUGAUGCAGUUUGUGCUCCAACCGUUCGUUUUGGCACGAUUCGAACCAAAGGAAGACAAGCAAAUCACCGAACACUUCAACGAAGUUUGUCCAUCUCCUCGACGAGAAGCUGUCUACUCUAUCCUUGCCCCAGCACUUGCCAGGAUGGCGGUUGGAGGGGUGCGGGGGGGUGUCGAAUCGUACAAGUAGGAACUACAGGGGCGUGGUCCGUAGGAGUGGAGCAGAAAUAUUGCGAUUCGCGGACAAGGACUAAAGACACUUGGCGUACGAAAGGCUACAAUGUAGCAUGGAGUGCACAGUAUGUGUUGGCAGGGGCGCGGGUGCAGGGUGGGUGGGCGGGGGACUAAGAAACGAAGUGCCGUCAAGCAGGUCUGAACAUUGUACAGUGUGCUGAGUAUGAGUCUUAUUUUCCUUUCAUCGGUUGUCAUUCAAGUCACGGCGCUCCUAUUGUUGAAACCCAAAACUCUUGUUGGGCCUCUCGUAUAAUAAGCGUCGUUUUAUUUUCAUUCAUCACAAAAAAGAAAAGUUCCAGCAGCGGCACGGGGAUCUUGAAGUCGUUGCGAGCGUUAAAGCUUGCAUGCGGAGCCACCUCGGGGGUGGCGAUACGCGAAACAAAGAAACACCGACCUGUCUGAGAGAUCAAGGCACGCCGAACACGCGAUUUCUGUGGAAGGUUCCCAUCCUUACCCGUGGUUUGUUGAAGCGGAUGUGUUCACUUUUUUGGUGGGUUCGGUUUGAUUUCGGGAGACGAGGGUGGUAGCCGGAAAGACCUCGGGUGAGCCUGCACUGAUUGGAAUCGAGGUGCUUCUAAGUAGUAGGCGUCCGCGAGACACCUCAAGCGUGCGUUGUAGUUUUCGGCGUAUUGCAUGGUAGACUGGGCUUGAUUCGGUACAGAUGGGGAGCAUUCACGUAUCCAUUGCCUCGUACUUUGAGUUUAGGGCACUGGCUCCGUCGGUCUCCUGAGGGAACGGAGUAUCAUGUGUUUUGAUGCAAUGCGGGGGGCGGCCGAGGGACCCCGGAAAUUUGGUUUGCCUCUUGCAACCGGCAUUCAUCCGGGUUCGAUGCGGGUCAUCACCCCUCGAUGAACUGUUUUUUCUUUUUUUCUUUAUUGAGGGUUUCGUACACUAGACACUACUGGUACAUAAAGCAGUAGAUAGACUUUUUUUUCGAUCAGCCUUGGCGAGGUGGAAAUAACUGGUGUGCACGGGCUACACGGUGUAGUAGGAUCUAGCGACUGGGUUGUUAAGAGACUACUAGUAAAUGGGGGUACUUUUGUGUGUUAUAUUUUGACGUUGGUGUUUCGUGCGUGUGUUGUCUUGAGCGGCCAAGAUCUGGACAGUACUUGAUGACUUGCUUGUUGUUCCGUUGUCGCCGUUGGCGGCACUGUAUUGCCAUCGCAACCACAACGAACGCCGGUGCGGGGGGGGUGGAUGGCACGAAACCUGGGACAACGUAUGCAGUGCAAAAAAGUGCAAUUGAAAAAGUGCAACGUGGCAAUGCAAUGUACAGGAGAGCUGAUUCGACGAAGAGAGCAGGGAAUAAAGCCUUUUGUGUCAAGAAUGGACGAUUCUUCUUUCGGAAAAAAACAAUGCUGCUGUGUAGCGCAUCCUAUUGUAGCUGCGGGAGGCAUCUUCAUGUACCUACCUACCUGUGCCUCGCGGGCUCAGCACGAACGGGUGAUGGCAAAGAUGCCGCAGAAACACGUUGUAGUUGAUUGGUCUUGCUGAGAGCGAAGGCCGACCGCGCCUCAUCUUAUUCGAGCCCCGACUCUUACCGUAAAUCCCCAAGCAGUAAGUGUACAGCAGCAGCAGCUUUUUGUCACGCGAAGGGUUUGUGCGGUGUUCGCGGCUGAAUCCAUUUCCUUCCACCAUUUCAACGAUUGUUUUUAUCCCAAGUUUCUAGAGUGUGAAAUAAUAGGCUUUGUUGGUGUGACCCGGCCGGCACUACACCAUUCAUU